AUGUUAUCUUCCUCUCGAAGUCUAGUGGCAAAACUUAACGUUUUUGAAUUAGGAGUAAGCGCUUCUGGAAAUACAACUUGCGAACCUGUGACACUUUUCUUACUAUCCGAUAGUUUGGAAGUAGCUCGUCCUCGUAAACGAUUUACUGGUGAACCUCUUGCACACGCUAUUCGAGCCGCGUUAGCUGCAGUACAAGGUGAAGGGUCUGAACACAACUUCGACGGUAAUCAUGAUCAAACUUCAAUUAACAAUGGUGAUUUUUCAUCAAAUCCGUCAACAAAUACUGCUUUAAGUGGAGUUUCUGUUUCUCGGACUGGUUCAGGUGCAUCUGGGACAAGUGUGGUGAACCUCGGUCUUAUGGAAGGCAAACAAAGGUGUUGUUAUAAGCAUUUACAGUUGCUGAAAUUACAGGAAAUAAAACAAGUGGUCAAUUUUGAUACUGCCUCUCCAGACCGAGCUGCUUUCGGUUUAGUGGUACGUUCCAGUUCCGAGGUUGAUGAUCGUGUUCAUGCUUAUUGCUUGGCUGCCAGUUUUGCAGCCUCAGCGGCAGUUGUCAGCGGGAAGUGUCCAGAACCUGUUGAAUCAGCAGUUGCAGCGGCCACAGCAUCUGGACAGAUUUCCACUGCAGUCAGUAUAGAUACUUCACCAUCAAAUAUAACUACUAAUUCAAACAAUUCACAUGUAGCAAUGUUACAGGCGUGUGUUGGUGAAGCCAAACGUGUUUUUCUUCACAGAUUAUGCCAUCAUAUUUGUCUUGUUUCAUGUAUAGCAAAGAAUCCAGAAGAAAUACUAGUAGAUGUCGAACCAGAAGAAUUACUCGGUUUUGACUUAGAACAAGUUUUUAAUGCAACUGCUUUGGCUUUAUCUUCUAAAAGAAUCACGCGACAAUUAACCCGCAAUAUAUCUAUAAAAACCCCUCGCCGUCUACCAGCUUCUGCCAAACGCCAAUUCGGGGCACAGCCUCCACAACCCCCUAGCACUCCAACUUCCCAUAGAUUGCAGGUUCCCAUUGAGAUGGAUGAAAGUCAAACAACAGACAUGUAUCUUAUCCCAAGUCCAAGACGUUCAAUGCUUGGUUCAUUUCUGGGUUCAUCUUGUACAUCAUUAAGCAAUUUUCUCAACACAGCCUUGCGUACUAAUAACAAUCUAAAUAAUAUUAAUCAUGGAAAUUCCGCGCUCAAUCGUGCUAUGCUACCUCCUAGUCGUUUAGCUAUGACACCUAAACCGAUUCGACGUCUUCUACCUCGUUCAUCCAGACAAAAUUCAUUCGAUGAUCUUGAUUUAAAUGAUGAUGAUGAUGUUCCUUUCUCUCAACUUGGAAGUUCUCUUCUUAGUUUAACAAGUCUAGACAGUCUCUCUACACUGGAUAAUCCUGUUAAUCGAGUUGAUGUUAUUUCUAACCGCAAUACUCCUAAUCUUAAGUGCCGUGCCGGUAGUGCUGUUUGGGAGUCAGCAAGUCAUCUUGGUUUCAGUACAUCAGAUGAUGUUCGUCAUUCAUUCAGAUCACCAUCCGGAUCGUUUCUUGGCGGUUUUGAUGAAGGUUGCUCUAGAAAGCAUGGUAAAAAGCAGAAAAAACCGAAACUUCGUGCUGUAAGUCAAAUGUUUCAGAGAUCUUCAAUUAUGGUUAAAGCAAAAGAGUCAAGGAAAAUAGGCUCUGAAAAAAUUGACGCUGAGUUAAAUUCUCAAAAUUCCCUUCCUAGUUCCCGCCGUGACAGCUUAUUUCGUGGUCUGUUUUUCAGAAAAAAUUAA